GAAAUUUUCUCUUUACUGGAUUAAAUAGCAAGUUAUUGAAAUAAUUAACAAAUUCCCUCGUACCGUAUGUGUUUGUAUGUUUAAUUUUGCUAUCAUCUUGACGACAUUAAUUGUGUGUCAUAUGCUGUGUUAAAAAAAUUGAAAAAUUAAUUAAGGAUGCACACGGAAAUUACAAAAACAACAUCAGAAACAAAACUAACAAUAACGUCAGAUCCAGGCGAUAAGAAUCAUAGUAAUAUGCAGCAGGAUAAGCAGAUUGAUGAGAAAAAUUACGAUCGAAAGAAGAGAUUGUCUUCAAAUGAUGGAAAAGAUUAUCAAAAUACAUCACCGCGCCGAAAUAACAGCAAUAAUAAUAACAACAACAACAAUAUGAAUAGAUACUCUAAUAAUCGAAUACCGAGCUACAAUGGGAAUCGACAAAAUCGCAAUGGUCCACCACAGCAACAACAACAGCAGCAGCAGCAGUUUAUUAACAAUAAUUCAAAGCCGAGAUUAGACACAAACAAUAAUAACAGCAAUAAAUAUGAUAAAAUGCAGCAUAGUAAUUAUAAUAGUUAUAAUGCAAAAGUUCCAACACCAGCAACAAACAACAACAGUAAUAAUAAUAAUAAUAAUAAUGCCAUAAAGAGUGAUAAUUAUCAAGAAAUGAGUGCUAACAAUAAUCAAGUGAAGAAGCCAAUUCCAAAACAUCGAAUGGCAAAGUCAACGAUAAAUGCAAGUCCAAAUUAUGAUGAUUAUUCUACUAACAAGACGGUUCGUGUUGAUACACAAUUAUCAAAAGGUGAUAAAAACGUCUCUGAUGAUUCCGGUAUUCAUUUAAAUACAAGCGUAAGUACCACAAAGAACAGUGACACGAGAUUAAAGUAUGAUCAAUUAAUGGCUGGCGAUAAUGAGAUAAUUAAUCGUAAAUAUUCAAUGGACUUCCUUCAACAUAUCGGACAUCAAUUUAAGAAUAUCUCGGCGAUUCAAAAUAAAACACCACAAAAGCAGCCACAGCAGCAACAAAAAGUCCUUGACGAUAAUAAUGUAAUAGCACUUAAGAUGGCAUUUGGUGAUAAUUCAGGAUAUUAUAAUCAUUUAUAUUCCGGUGCGAUGUAUACGAAUCAGUUGUUCUUUCAACAGCAACAACAAUAUCAAAGUUAUGCUCGUUAUCAGAAUCAACAUAUGCAGCAGAGAGUUCGAGUAUAUCCGCGUCAAGAUAAUACCAAUUAUCAAAGGGUUUACCAGCAACAAGAUCCCCAAUUGAAUUGUGUACAGCAGCCGCCUCAAAAUUCAUAUCAUAAUGCAUAUUAUCCUCAACAACAACAACAGCAGCAGCCACAACAUAAUUCCUUCCAAUAUCAAAAUCAUCGUGCGAAACAAAAUCGCGAUCAGAGCCGUAAGAAUCGUCAAAAUGGCAAUAAUAACAAUGCAAAUAGUACAAAUGAUCGUAAUAAUUUUAAUAAUAAUAGUAAUUCUAACAAUAAGAAGCUAAGUGAUCAACAAAAUGCUCGACUAUCUCAUUCAAAAAGUGACAGUGCUCAAUAUGAAGAGAAUAAACGUAAAAAUCUCAUGUAUGUUCGUACAAAUUCCGAAGAUUAUCGUAGUUUAUCACCCACACCGCCAUCGUCUGUUAAAUCAACGAGUCCAGGCAUUCAGGAAACUAAUAAAAAUUGUGAUACGAAAGAGACAAUGACAUCAGAUAUGAUUGAUGAUUCAGCCUCGACUACAUCUUCACAUUCAGCAAUGUCAUCUUCGAGUGGAUCAAAGGAACUUCCAAUAACACCGACAAUUCUGCUCACACCAACAUACACGGAUAAUGAGAUGACGAGCAAUAAGGAGAAUAAUGUUAAUUCCUGGAUUAAUAAUACUAAUUUUACACCGAUCAAUAAUGUAUUAAGUGCUAGUGCUGAGCAAUUAAAUGUGCGACAUGUCGAGACGCCAAUAACAAUCAUUAAACGUCCGCCGUCCGUAAAUGGAAUAACUACAACACCAACACAUCCAAUUCCGAGGAAUUUUACAUUACCAACUUAUGAUCCAACAUAUCCAUUUGAGUACUAUUAUGCACGAGGCGAGCGAUGUGAAAUGCGUGAGGAACCAAUUAAUUUAGGCUGUGGAUCAAUUUGGGAUCAUGUGUCGUUUGAAAUAUGGAAUAAGUUCCAGCUAUAUCAGCAAACUCGCGAGACAUAUCGAAGUAAGAUGAUUUUAUGGCGUGAUCUCUAUGAAUACAUUAAGGGAUUUCCACUAUUUCAACAGCGAGCAUGUCCCAAAUGGGGAUUAUUUCUGGUUGGAUCAACGAUUUCUGGCUUCGGACUCAACAGUUCUGAUGUAGAUAUGUGUUUAGUACUGAAAUCAGCACCACAAUUGGAUGCAAGGACUGAGGCAAUGAUUACAUUAAGUGCAUUAAAGAACUACCUCUCAGACAGUCCAUUUCAAGGAUUCUCACUGAUAAAUGCAAAAGUUCCUAUCUUAAGGUUCCGUGACGCAACAAAUACGAUUGAAGUGGAUUUAAAUUACAAUAAUUGCAUAGGCGUUCGGAACACACAUUUGUUGUAUUGUUAUGCACAACUCGAUUGGCGUCUUCGUCCAUUAGCAAUUGUUGUGAAGCUUUGGGCACAACAUCAUAAUAUAAAUGAUGCACGAAAUAGUACAAUAUCAAGCUAUAGCUUAGUCUUGAUGGUCAUACACUUUCUACAAUCAGCAAUUUCACCGCCAGUCCUUCCAUGUCUUCAUCAGAAAUAUCCGGAAAAGUUUCAAACUUUGCAUGAUAUUACAACGAUUGAUAUGAUGGAACGUCUUGACACUGAUUGGAGAUCUGAGAAUUAUCAGUCAUUAGGCGAGCUGUUUCUACGAUUUUUAGAUUAUUAUAGCAAUUUUGAUUACUCACGAAAUGCUAUAUCAAUAAGAACGGGUGGAACAUUGUCGAUUGAGGAAUGUCGUAACGUGAAAACUCCCAAAAAUGAUCCAAACCAUUGGCAGACAUUAUGUAUUGAAGAACCAUUCGACUUAACAAACACCGCCCGAUCAGCAUAUGACGGUGAAAUAUUUGAGAAAAUCAAGUCCGUUUUCUUUCAAUCGUGGUGCCUUUUGCGGGAAUACAAAACACUCGAUUCGCUGUUUCAGGAACAAUUGUUUGUCCAACAAACAUUACAGCAGCAAAUGCUGAAUGACAUCAAGUACAUCGUUUAUGCACCAAAUCCAACGCUGAACUCAUCGCCAUUAAUUACAACGAAUCAAAUGAAUUCUGAGAUUGCUUCAUGAGAUGUUUAAGUUACGAAUAUUAGAAUAUUUAGUGAUACAAGAAGUGAUGAUUUUCCAAAAAAAAAAUGAGAUAAAUGAUAAAAAAUUGUGAUUUCAAGG